GUGCCGCUGCUGGUGAACGCGGGUUAGGCACCCUCGUUACUUGUUUUUUACACCUUAAAACAUCCAGGAAAUAAUUUUUAAUCUCGAACGUGACAUUAUUCGAUUUAACAAGGCUUCGGUUUUUUUUUUAACUACUUGCGUUUUUUUUCCGUUCGUUGGUUCGUUACUUCGGCACCGCGCAACCAUGCGUUGUGCAAACUUGUUCCCCGUCAACGAGCGGCUGUUUUACGUGAUACAAAAUUGACAACUCGUCGAGGGAAAAAUCGUCGUUUUAAUAAUUAAUACUCGUAUACACCGUGCCUGAGUCUUUCCACCGCGUGACGGCACGCGGUAGAUUAAUCGUCAAAUAUACGAAACAUACGAUAAUACACGGUUGUACGAUUCGUUGUGGUACAUUUUUCACGUAAAUACGACAAGUCAUUUUUUCCUUCUUCCUUUUUUUUUUCACAUCGCAAUUCCAUACUUCGUCGCUACUGCUGCUGCUACUGGUGUUACUUUUUACGACGAAAACGUCAAGAAGAGAUAUCCCAACCUUCAUUUGUCGGGGUUGGGUCCGUAGCAACGUGGAACCUCAUCUGCAGAUCCUUCUCAAAGACGUUGAUAUCGGAAAGUAAGAAAAACCCAGAUGGGACACGGAGAUUAGUGUAUGUAAAUAUUACCUCAAGAGUUCUGCAAGGUAGCCGCAGUUACAAAUCUCCUACGUUCCACGUUCGCGAUCAAACUUAACCUCUAUACGACGAUUGAUACGCACUGUGCAGCGUAGAACUGUGCUAAACAUGGAUUUAGUCGGGGUUGAAAAUUAAAAAUAGGACUACAAACAUUCCUCAAUUCCAGUAUCUCUUCUUUCAUUUACGAUUCAUCUUUCCCGAAUUAUUUCUCGGUAGAUUAAAUCCAAACGACACGUAGAACGAAAAAAACCAAAACAAACGAGUAAUGACGCAUUAUUAAUGCCGGUAAUAGUAUACGUAACAUAGCUACGAGUUCGUCUUGAUGCACCUGUAUUAUUGUUGUUCGUAAUUUAUUUACCCGAACGUACACCUCCCUCCCUGUCCCCUCUCCACCUCUCCUCUUCCUCCUGUCCCACUCCCGCAGUUUAUAAUCGACAACCCCAAUCGUCGUUCACAGCUGUGGAAACCUGCGUCAACGUGAAGUGCGUGCCUGUGUGUUGUGUAUAAUGACGAAUCUCGUUUGAGUGAAUAAUAGUAGGUGUACGAAACCCUCGUGUUGUACGCAAAAGUUGUUAAUUAAAAUAUGACAUACCUCGAUCGUUCGAAUGUGUAUAAUGAGAAUAAUAAAUAAAUUUAAAAAAGAAAUAAAAAGACAAAGAAAAACAAACGACGAGUAUAAACCAGUUUUUAAAACAAUAACAGCAACAACAGCAACAACAAAAAUAACGUACACGUGAAGAAAGAGAUUAUUCUCGGGGCAACGGGGCGACGAGAAGACAACAACAAACGGAGGGUGAGAAGCUGCCGAACCGCGUCUCGACGAGGCUGAAUAUACAGGAAUUAUCUACUGCGAGCCCGGUCGCUACGCUCAUUCGAUGUAAACCAGGAACUCGAAGCGAGGCUCGUGAAUCGUGUCGCAUAGCCGGAUGAUAACAGAAUGCGUGGAUGUGAAUAAGAAAGCAGAGGAUUGAUCGUUAAAUAGCAGUGGGGUUAAAAGUGCGGGGGGCAGGAGGGUCCCGAUUGGUGCAGGUGUGCUGCCAGCGGUGCCCGGGUUCCUGCCCGGUGGCGAGGGGGAGGUUGUGGUGCGAGUGGAGAGCCCCGACGAGGAGAGUCCUGUGGUUUGUGAUGAGGUUCAGCCCCCCGGAGGGGUCAAGAGCUGGAGCAGAGAGCAGCCCCUCGGCAGGGUGGUUGUGAGAGGAUCCGCCCGGGUGGCGAGGGGCCGGGCCGUGGAGGAGGCCGGGAAAGGAUGGUGUGACGAACGGCGUCAUCCUCCCCGAGGACGCGGAGGCCUCGGCGAAGGCGAGGAGCUGUAUCUCGACUCGGAGGACGAACUGGCGAUGUCGAGACAGUCUCGCGCCGAUCGAGACCCCCGCGAACCCCGAGAGCACCGCGACUCCCGCGACCAGGGACACCUUCACCAGCGUCCCAUCCUCCAGCGCGACGACCGCGAUUACACCGAGUACGACCUCCAUCCCACCUCCGCUGCAUCAGCUGGACCCGCCGCCGCCAAUGCCGUUGCCAACAACCCGGGCUCGGCAGACUCCAACUACUCGCAGCCAAGCUCGGAUCUAUCGUUGGACGAAGAAAAGGAGAGCCUGCGUCGGGAGAAAGAAAGACAAGCUCUUAACCAACUGGAGAAAGCAAGGACGAAGCCGGUAGCGUUCGCCGUCAGGACGAACGUUAGCUACGACGGAUCCGUCGACGACGACUCACCGGUUCACGGUUCGGCCGUUAGUUUCGACGUCAGAGAUUUCCUCCACAUCAAGGAGAAGUACGAUAACAAUUGGUGGAUAGGGAGGCUGGUAAAAGAGGGAUGCGACGUCGGUUUUAUUCCUUCGCCGGUUAAGCUCGAGGCACUUAGACUUCAGGCAAGCGCUGCUCGCGGCACUAAGGGUCUCUAUUCAGCAAGGGGUGGCUCUUCAGGAAAUCUCGGUGAAAGUGGGAUGCCGUCACGAGGAUCGACGCCGCCAACGCCAGGUGACGAUAGUGACAGCGUGGGUAACGUUAGGCCGGGAAAAACGACCCUCACAACGCCGCCGGCGAAAGAAAAGCGAAAGAACUUCUUCAAGAAACCGUCUUACGAGACCGCCACACCGUACGACGUCGUACCUUCAAUGAGGCCCGUAGUUCUUGUCGGCCCUUCCCUGAAGGGUUACGAAGUCACCGACAUGAUGCAGAAAGCGUUGUUUGACUUUCUGAAACACCGCUUCGAGCGCAGGAUCAUUAUAACGAGAGUUAUGGCUGAUAUAUCGCUGGCCAAAAGAUCUUUACUAAAUAACCCUACGAAACGUGCUAUAAUGGAAAGAUCGACCAGCAGAAGUAGCUGUCUUGCGGAGGUUCAGGCUGAGAUCGAGAGAAUUUUUGAACUCGCGAGAACGCUCCAACUAGUGGUUCUGGACUGCGACACGAUAAACCAUCCUUCGCAGCUCGCGAAGACGAGUUUGGCACCGACGAUUGUCUACUUGAAGAUAUCGUCGCCGAAAGUGCUCCAGAGGCUGAUUAAAUCCCGGGGUAAAUCUCAGGCCCGGCAUCUGAAUGUGCAGAUGGUCGCGGCGGAGAAACUCGCCCAGUGCCCGCCGGAAAUGUUCGACGUUAUCCUCGACGAGAACCAGCUCGACGAGGCCUGCGAACACGUUGCCGAAUACCUCGAAGCCUACUGGAGAGCCACUCACCCCCCUGUCGCCACCCCAGUUCCUAGGGUCAUGCCGGCUCCUGACGCCCCCGUCGACACUCUCGCGCCCCGCGUGACGCCAGGAGGUCAUCAUGAGAGCUACUAUGGUCAUGAACCACGAGGGUCCUCGUCUUACGGCGGUAGUCACGGCGGGACGGGAACGCGGCGCUCGAGAUUAGAGCGAUUGGACCGCGAACGAUCGGACCACGACUAUCCCGAAGAGGACAACUACGUGACAGGCAGCGUCGACUACAACAACAGCACGUCGAGACGUCGUCAGCCGCAUCAGGACUCUCGAGCGCUAAAUGCCAUCUAGGAGCUGGUGCCCCGGGGCCCGCCUCUGCUACGCUGUACCCAUCUUCGUACCACGGCGCUUUGACUCCGAAAGACGAAAGGAAGAAAGAACGAAAGAAGAAACGGAGGAAGAUACAAGAACAUGAAAAAUAUGCCAAUAUUUUUAUGCACGAUACCCAUCGCGUUAAAUGGACAAAGUUACGGUACUUAGAUAUGCAAUCAUCCCUGUCAAAAUUUUCGCUUCAAUCAUCCGCAAUGCGGGAGUCCAGGGUGGUUAACGGGCCGCGGGAAUCAUCUUCGCGAUUUUAUAACCAAGUUAUCCAGCCAGUUCUUAUGACAUUUGUAAUUUCUCUUUUACGUAAUAUUGUUUAUUCCAGCACUAGAUGUUAAAAAUGAAAGAGAUUAUACGGCUUAAUCUAGAUUUAUUUAGUAAAUACUCGAACCUUGUAUUCUUGCCACGUUUUAUGACGUUUUUCGUUCUUGAUUGUCGACAUGAUCGUCAACGGUAGAUUCCCUCGACUUUGACGCCUUGGAUUCCCAGAGCACUCCCGAAUAUCUCGCCAAUGUGUACCGAUAUUAGACGGUCGGUACGAUUCUUUACCUAUUUUAGAAGUUGAUGUAACAUCGAGCGCAUCGUCGUCGCUAUCGGCCAACGAAUCAUUCGAUCUUCGGCUAUGAAUAUUUGUUUGUUUUUACUUUAGCAACCAAUUCCGAAAGAAUUGAAAUCGAAGGUGUAAAAAAUGGCGAGUAAUUGAAAUCAACCAUAUAUACGUUCGUUUUUAUCGUUUGGUAUUAUAUCAACCUUCCGAAGUAUGUCAGGUCGAAAAACGAGAACCCAUAUUUACGGAUGUCAUAGAGUUCGGGUCUGCUGAAAAAAUGAAGAAAAAAGAAAAAAGGUCAAUCAGAGCCCUGGGGCCCCCAUCCCCCCCCACCCCCACACCCCCACCCCCUGCCCCUACGUCCCUGUGCCGCGCAGCGCCGACGCGGUCACGAUAUCGUGUUAAAUAUAUAAAUUCGUUAUUUUUAUUCGUGGAGAAAUUUUUCAAAUUUUUCAACUAUUGUAAUAAUAUACGUAUAUUCGGUAGGGCCCCUAUCUCCGUAUACAUAUAAUAUAUAUUUGUGCAUAUGUAUAUACAUUGAUACGCACGCGCUCGAAACAUGGCGGUAUUGUAUAUGUUACAUAUAUAUAAUAUGUAUUAUACUAUAUUUAUCUACAUCGUAGAAUCAAACAUAAAAUAAUUACACCUCCUCCAUGGACCCCAACACCUGUACACACGCAUACACGUGGAUGUUUUCAUUGCUUUUCAGCACGCGAUCGAACUAAACUUGUAAUUGUCCUCAAGUUUCGCUGGGAAUUCAUUCGUACGGUACACAAAUUUUCUUCGAUUGUUUUUUGCGGAUGAUCAUAUCCAUUUUUAUUCCUUGAAUAAGGCUUUUCCAAUUUCUCCUAUUAAAUCGGCUAAUACAGCGUGUAUUAACAUAUCACAUUGAACGUCGCUGAUAAUAUGGUAGGUAUAAAUUUCAAUAAAAGAAAACAAAACAAAAGAUGAAAACACAAAAUUUCCCAUAUCCAUGAAUGUUCAUCUAUACAAAACAAAUUCGCUCCAGGUCAAAUAUUUCCGAAAUUGGAUUGAGGGCUUCUUUCAUAGCUCGGCUGAUACAAAGAAUCACUCAUUGGUUCGCUGUGGAUUUUAGGAUUUUACAUUUCAAGGCUCGACGAUUGUCUGCUGAAAACUGACGAAAAGCUUCGCUGAAAUCACGUGUUUAAUCAUCGUUAGGAGUCAGAGUAUGUACAAUACCGUGUACAAUUCAUCGUUAUUAUAAUUAUUAUGUGGAACAUAACGUGCUCCGGAAAAAAUGCAUAUAUGUAGGUAGUAAAUAAUUUGAGAAAAAAAAUCACGUUUAAAUAUUAAUAUUAUAAUAUAUUAUAUAUAAAGCUGAAAAAGAAAAACGUUUUUCACCAGCUCAAGUAUAUAUGAUCAUAAAAUUUGUUACAUUAUAAUAGGUAUGUAACAUAAAAUAAUAUAAAACAUGAUAUACUUUGGGAGAAAAGAAAAACAAACGAAAUGAUAGCAGAUGACAGUAUUUUUCUUGUACACUUUUAUACAUAAACAAAGCAUAUAUUAUACAUGUAUUAUAUCUUGGCUUCGAUUUAUCGUAGAUGAAUUUAAUGUAAUCAUACUAAUACGCAAAAUUAUAACACUUUCCAUUCGCGAAUUUAGGAACCGUCUUCACAAUUAUUACUUUAUCGCCGUAUUUUAUUUUUCCCCUCACUCGCAGAGCACAAAAAUAUCACUACUCUAUGCCUGAGUGAUCGGCCAUUGUUUCGUUCGCGUAUAUAAUUAUGAUAUACGUAAUUCACUAGGUACUGAAUGUUUUUAUUCGUGUAUAACAGUGAUCGAAAACAAUUCAUACAAUUCGACGGCUGUGAUCAACAAAAUCCCACCUCCGAAUAUGGUUCAAAAACAUCGUAUCUCAGCAUUUCAUUCGAAAACAUCGUAUGUCCUCGGAGAUCACUUUAGACGUACAAUGUUGUUGGAUUUUGUUGAAUCGAAAUCUGAAAUGAGGUUUUGUUGAUCUGAGUCGUCGAAUUGAUGAUAUACAGAAGCCCAGUGCUAUAAUGCCCGAUUAAUGUUUAAACAGGAAUACAAAUUAUAUACCUUCACCCAGUUUUAUUCUUACAGUUGAAUUGCAAAGUAAAAUGUCGAGGUGAUUUUGUUGAAAAAAGAAAAUGAAUAAACAAAAGCGAGGGGAAAUAUAAUGGUAAAAAAUAACGUAUAUAUAUAUAACGGUAUAACGUAGAGGAAGAUAAUAGACGAAAAAUAAAAAACUCAAAGAUUGCCGUAUUCAGAUACAAGUAGACAGAAAAUUACGUAACAUGAUUAAUCGGACGAGAUAAACAAAAAAAAGCCAAGAAAAUGUUUGGAGCUGGAUCCAAAUUAAGAAGUAAUAACGCUAGGGUGACUAUUAUUUUAUUUUGUUAUUGUAUAAAAACUAGUUAAAUGAAUAAAAAUAUACGUAGGCAAAAUACAGGAAAUUAAUAAAGAAUUAACGAUUAGACAAAAAAGUAAAAUUUAUACAUUUGAGAAUUCUGCGUCGAAAAUGUAUAUUAUUAUACAUAUUUAUAUAACGCGAGGCUGCUAAAUUGUACUAGACACAUGAAUACAUAAUGCAUAAGAAAAUGAACGAUAAACAUAAAACAGAAAAAAAUUACUACUACAUAAUUAUAGCAUGAAAAUUAGUUGGAAAUCAUUUAUAUAUAUAAAGAUAUUAUAUCAUCUGCUAUAGUGCAGGGGUAAUGUAAAUAUUGUAAGAAAUUUCACACAAUUUAACCGAACUGGCUAAUCGUAAUCCCCCGCGAAAAUACCAGCUGUUGCAAUUGAUAAAAAUUAACAGAAUAACAAUAAUGAAAAAUAAUAACAGUAAUAAUAGUAAUAGUAGUAAUAUUAUUAACAAUGUUAAUAAUAAUAAUAAUAAUAAUAAUAAUAAUAAUAAUAAUAAUAAUAAUGACGAGGAUAAUAGAGAAACUAGGACGAAAUUUAAUCAUCUCUAUCCGGCGUACGUUUAUCCCGUUUAAAUAUCGUCGACUAUUUUCACGGCGCAUGAACAUCGCGUCAAAUAUAUAAUUCUUAUAAUAAUAAUGAAGCUAAUGAAUUUAACAAUCGAGAUUUAUUAUUAUCAUUCAAAAUAUCUGUCGCAUGAAUAUUGUAUACGUAUACAUAUUUAUACGUACUUACAAUAUACAUAUAUCAUUUAUUACAAUGAAAUACAAUAUUAUUAACUAGCAUUAUUUUACACCGUUAAAAAUGUCUGGGUAUUCUCAAGUACAGUUUUAAUUCCAUAUCAUUUCGGGCAAAUUUUACACAAAUCCUUUUAUAGAAUAUGGAAUUUGGACUGGUCGAGAAAAAAUUGAGGCUUUUUGCAACACAACCUGUAAGAUUCUACACAAAAUUAUACGAAAUUAUUAACAGUGUUGUACGAAAAUAUCUAUCCGCAGAAUAUUCAUGAAUAACCCGCGCGAAUUUCAAUAAAAAUCGUAUAAUUAAAUUAGUGUGUAUUAGGGUAUGAAAGAUGUAAUAGGCAAAAUUUAGGUUAGCGUGCGGUAAUUUUCUGCGUGUAUAUACGAUAUAUAUACAUAUGGUACAUUCCAUGCCAAUUCGACCUAGGUCUAAUGAUAUGAUUAUCCUGACUUUGGAAGGCAUUCAGUUUUAAUUCGCAUAUUUUCCGAACGAUUUAAACUGUGUGAAAUCUUUCUAAAUUAACGUAUUUAUUUAAACAUGAUUUUGGAAAUAUAAAUUACUUUUGCAAAAUGCUACGUCAGAUAUCAAAGUUUUAAACGCUGAGCCAAAGUGAACCACCGAUUCCUUCUCAUCUUUUUUCAGCAAUCGUUCGGAAGAUAUAACAAAAAAAUAAAAACAUGAAAAGAAUCAGUGAGUCCAAUUAGUCUGGCAAAGGGUCAGACCCAGGACGAGUUGAGAUGAAAUACACCGUAUAUAUGUAUAAGGUAUACACGUAUAAAAUUCGAAGUUUGAAUUCUACUUGUACGAAAUAUUCGAUCAUAAUUCGUGUACGCCUUUUUCACUUACACGUCUUCUACGUAUUUUGCGCAUAUUUUAUGUAUGAUACACAUCAAGCAUUUAAUUUUCAAUUUAUACCAUGUACAGUUUUUUUCUUUUUUUUGUAUAAUUUACUUUUUUUUGUAUAAUUUAAAUUUUCACACACAUAUAAUAGUAGAACAUUCGGAAACUUGCAGAAUUGAAUUCGCUGCCGACAGCUGCUGCAAGCUUAAAAUGUAUAAAAUUUCGUCAACCCUUUUAGCAUAUACUAACAUACAUGUGUUUUCAUGUUCAUACAUAAAUAUGCAUGUAUAACAAUUUGGUACAUUAUUAUGAUUAUUACGUUACGUUUAUUAACACGAUUAUCGUUAUGAUUGGUACUUCUAUUAUAUAUUACUAUCAUUGUGAUUAUUGGUAUUGUUGUUGUUAUUAAUAUUAUUUAUGCUUAGGUGUAGGGUUUUACGAAGGUUUACAUUAAUCGUAGAUAAGAAAUUCUCGAGUAUAAUACGCGAUCGAUUAUUAAAUAAUGUGGUUCAUUGAUUUCAUACCGUCUCCUAAUAAGAUUGUAAUUAUAUAUGAAAAUUUUCGUAUAGAUGAAGAUUAUUAUCUAAUACAAUAUACAAAUAUAGAUGAAAGUCCAGCAGUGUUAGGGUAAAUGGCUGAUUUAACGGUUACAAACGCUGAGGUAUUGUACUGUUACAAGAUAAUGUUUAUAAUUAAUUACAUGUAUAUGUGUACUACGUCACGUAGGUAUGUACAAUACUAUGUACACAUACGUACAUACAUACACAUUAAUUAUAAAUCCCGUGUGAUACAAGCUUUAAUGAAGGUCCAAGGUGGACGGUGGCGUACGUACGCAAUCUUGCGGUUUAUUAUGUAUAUCAUCAUUUCCACAAUGUACAUUGAUUACAGAAUUGACAAUGAGCUUUCAGCUUUCAACAAUUGCGAACAAGGCGUACACAGCAGCUAACUUAGGCUUUACACCUGUCUGUUGAAUGAAAAACAAAUCGAAGCAAUCAACUCCGCAAUACCUGAAAACCGUGAGAAGGUUUUUUAUAAUUGUACCUACUUUUCGGGUGAUGCAGAAAUUAUCCAAUCAACUCAUUAGAUGCUAAUUAAAAAUUUCCCGCAACUAGUCCGUUCGUUUCAUUAUAUGUAUAUAUAUAUAUAUAUAUAUAUACAAAAAUAUAUACAUAUAUACGUAUAUACAUAUAUAUCACACAUACCACGUGACUUGUAAUGGAUCCUUUUAAAGCAUAAGCGACGGUUUAGCAUCGACAGACUCAGGUACGAGUUAGACCAAGUUCUUUAAACAAAUUUCGUUGGAAAUAUUCUGAUAAACAAUUAAGUUAGACCCUUGUGGAGAAAAAUGUAUUAUAAAAAGAUAAUAUGAUUUUCCAGAUACUGUACCUAGAUAACCUGCUGCUUUACUAGAUAUUUUGUGUUCCUCAUUUUUAUUGUCAAUUUCAUUACCGACUUUAUUUAUCGAAGAAAUACUCAGCCGUGUAUUCGUGUAUGAUAAGGCGUUGAAAUUUUUGGGACAUAGUCAAACUUAUGCCAAAUAUCUUUCACACGGUGUAGGUAUAUCAAUUCUCGCAUAUAUAUAGAUCUUAAUAUGAUUGAUACCUUUUUAAAUCGGACGAAUCUGUGAAUAUAAUGAACUUAUAAACGAGGAAAGAAGUAUGAUGAAAAUAAUUUAUCGAUCAAAUUCGUCAUGUAAUAUGUAUGUAGGGUAGAUAUGGAUUUGUGCAUAUAAAAUUACGAAAGAGAAAUAUGGCCCAACGGUAACUGAACGUCGCGUCGGUGCAAGUUCGCUGUUAAUUCAUCGACGUAAAUGAAUGAAUACAUUAUAUGUAUACACGAGGAAAUGGUUAAAUUAUGUGUUGCGUGUUGGCUGCCAUUUUUGGUAGGUAUGUUUUUGUUGUCGCGUGAUCAUUUUUCGUAAUUUGCAUUCUACGAAAGCGUCUGUAUAAUUAAUUACGUGACCACUGCAUUAUUGCCACCGGUAAUUAUCCAGGUACGGGUAUAAAUAUAUACAUAUAUGUAUACAUAAGACAAAGUGUUGAAAUUUUCAAUCUUUUGAUACACACACUAUCGGGUUAAGGGUGCGGCUGUAUAUUAUUAUAUAAAGGUGUCGUCGAGCGCGGUUGAAAGUAUACAAUAGUAGGUAUUUAUUAAUAAUAUUGUAAGAAAGGACGAUUCGUGCUGAAUUUGAAAAAUCACGUCACUUAGUGGCCACGCGUUACCGUGCCAUAAUUUUAUAAUUUUCCGUCAGGUAAAUUGUUUCCCUGAGUUUUGUACAAGAAGUGAUGAAUUGGGUAAAUAAGAUAAUCUUAUUUCACGGCGUUUACUUCAUUGCAACGGGUCGUCGUCAUAUUUUGUGCCAUGCGUGAUUUCUGCGUGUCACUUUUUGACUUGAGUAAAUGGAAAAAAAAACAAAUGUAUAACAAAGAAAGCAUUUAAAAAAUAUGAAAAAAGGUUGAAAAAAGAAAAAAAAAAAAAAAUAAAUAAAUAAAUGAAUGAAAGGCUAUCGGGUAACGUUGUAAUUAUUCUAGGAUAUUUCAAAAUUAAACGGGUCAGCUAACGCAAUGACUCCUCGACGUUUCGUCUUCUGUUCGGCUGGUUCAUUGGAUCAACAUAACAUAUUAUGUACAAGAAGAGGAUUUGAUGUUCAAGUGCUAUAUGUAGCAUGCGUUUGAAAAUUGUUUCAUUAUUAUAUUCGACGAAAUGAUUACGACUGUUGAUAUACGAGAGAAGUUAUAAAAUUUAUGGUUAGUUAUAUGUAUAUUAGUAUAAAAUAUCUUGUAUCAAUUAUAUGUUUAUUGUUAUUAUUAUUACCAUUAAAACUUUUAUUAUUAUUAUCAUUGUUAUUGUUAUCAUCAUGAUUGUCGUUUUCGUUAUCAUUGGGUUGUUUUCGUUAUCUUAUAGUCAAUUAUAGUAUUGAUACGUACCGAAAGAUGUGUCUAUAUCUAUCGGUGAGAUAUUUUAAUUUCAUCCGAAUUGAAGGAAUUGAGAUCGAAAAAUAUAUAUAUAAUGAUAAAGAGAUGUUGUAAAUUUGAUCUUAUACCUAAUGAAGAGUGCUAUACUACUGCAGCCGCAUACUCCGAUAAUGUAUUUUCCUGGAUUUCACUCAGGUUAAACAGAUAUUGACACACGAACGUAACAGUCAGUGACAUUCUCGUUGCAGCUUAUCCCAAAUGAUUUUCAGGUACACAAACAUGUAUUAUAUAGUAUAGAAACGAAUGCGCUGAAUCGACACGAUGAUUUUCAACAGAGUAGGGCUUCAAUGGAUCAAUUAUUAUGAUGAUCAUCAUUGUUAUUCACUUGGUAAAUCGCCCUUUUUAUCAUAGUAUUUUUAAUUUUGUGUAUAGAUUUGAGAGUGAGCGGCGUGCAGUUGCUUCGAUGUUGAUAUGUCAAUGCUGUGAUGUCAUCCUUUGGAAAUAAAAAGUAAAAAGUAAAAAGUAAAAAAAAAAAAAAAAAAAAAAAAUGAAAAAAUAAAA